AGUUGAUAAAACAAGUGAAUACCAGUGAAGCGGAGCGGUGUAUCUAAACAAAUUGUAGAUAAACAAAAAGACUGAAAUAACUGAGUAAGAUAUCUGUGAUAAAAGACUGAAUAAUACAAGAUGACUCUUAAAGUAGAAAGUGAACAAAAUGAAGAAUCUAAACCGAUAUUGGCCUCGAGUUGUGGAGAUGAUGAUUCUUAUCUCCAAAUACAAAACGUUUACCACAACAUUACAAGUUCUAUGAAAGCAGAUCCAUUAACCAUAAAAGAACCAAAAAUCGCCCUAGAUCUUUUUUCAACUGCCGUUAAAAUCCAAAACGAGCCAUUAGCCAAGCAGUGCAUUGAUAUUCUCAACAACCACCGUAACAAAAAGAAUGUUAUCUUGAUUCUACAACACCUCUGCAAGUGCAAAGACGAAAGUCAUGAUCCGUACGAUAUACAACCAUCAGCACCACCUAUGGUGGAGAACGAAGACCAAAGAAAUCAAGACUGGGUUCAAAAUCUCAUCGACAACCUCAGAAAUAACUGUCUCUUGGAAAUAG